CACUGGUACCAAAACUCUUCAUCAGAGAAAAAAAUCCUUCAAUCCGCUUACAUCACCUCGGCCGGCGGUGCCGCCGAUCUCCCCCAAAGUCUUGCUCCAAAGCCAUGGCCAUGCCGCGCCGCUCUCUCCUCCUGCUCCUGCUCCCCCUCCUUCUCCUCUCCGUCCGCGCCUUCCAGUCCGACGAGCUGCUCCUCCACGACGACGACGAGUUCGAGGGCGGCAUCCGGCCCUCCCCCGUCCCCUCCCAGCCCGCCUCGCCGGCGCCGGUGGUCUCGUCCCCCCGCCGCCGAUCCGCGGACGCAGCGCAGGCGGCAGGCGCCGCGGAGUCCAACGCCGUCCAGUUCACGCUCGAGCACGACCUCGGGGCCGGCGCAGGGUUCACCCCUGCCGGAUCCUUCUCCGCGCGCCUCAAGUCCUCCGCCCACGGCUCCCAGACUCUCACUAAGCUUCGCUUUACGAGGAAUGAGUUGACUGCAAGUGAAAAAGAUACAUUCAAGAAACUACUGAAUGAAGAUGGUUUUUAUACAAUAAGGCUACCGUCUAAUGUGUUGGCUCCUACAGGAGAAGAUUUCGUUUAUUCCUCGAUCAAAGCUAGAUGCAUUCCACGUGACAGCUUGGAUGAACAUAUUGUCAUCCACAUGGAUGGUGUAAAUGUUUUGGCUGUUAAUUAUGGUUCUGUUGGUGGAUGCCAGUAUCCCCGGCCAAUGAAAUUACCAUCAAAAUGGACAUUCAAUUCGUACACUGUUCUGAAGACUGCUGAACAAGCACCAAGAACUCCAUCUUUUGUAGAGCAAUUAAUAGAAACCGAGAGUGGACUUGGUGAAGUCAUGAAACCACCUGAGAAAUCGUUCUGGGCUAAAUAUUGGAUGUACAUAAUUCCUCUUGGUCUUAUUGUCAUGAAUGCUGUCACGGCAGCAGCAAACAUACCGGAGGAGCAAGCUGGAGGGCAGGGUCAACCUGCAGCACAAAGGGCGCCAAUUGCUGCUCCAAGGAGAAGAUGAUGACUUCCUUCCUAUAUGCCUCCCAUGUCAUAGAUUCAAAGAAUGGACAGGAGAUGGACCUGUAUGACCCUCGCCAGAAUAGGAAGCCGUACCAGUAGGUGACAAGACCCACUUCGGUUUAUUUAUGCAUUCAGAAACCCACCCUGUUGUAGAAUUGUCAGAAAGGUCUCUUGAUCUCAUCUAAACACACAUAUUUCUGCCUGUUGAUAGAAACUGUGACAAGUUUUUAACUCAGCGCCACUGUAUGCGUUGAUCUUCCAAACUAGCUUAUUUUUACCAAUGUCAAACAUGGUAUGUUCUGCUGAUAA